GCAGAUUCUUCUGAAUCUGAUAGUGAAUGGGAUGGCCAUAACGCUGCUGGUGCUGAUCAUAAUAUCGCUAUCCCAGGUCCUGGUGCAUCUAAAGGAGAACUACUAGAGACGCUCAAAAUGUUGCAAGUUCAAAUGCAAAAGCUUCAAGAAGAGAAUAGGACGAUCAAAGAGGAAAAUAAAACUCUGCACGCAGAGAAACCCAAGCGAAAACGGCGCACGGAUGCUCAUGAUGAGCUCAGCGUUCACGAGGAGACCAUCUCUAUCUAUGCUCGCAAGUAUGGCAUGAUGGUUGAGAUGUUUCCUAGUAGCGACCUCCUUAAUAAGCGCCUUCCAGACUCGCCAACUCCAUUUGACAGCAUUGAACGAUAUGCGACUGCAUCUACUCAAGAGUCAGCAUUUCUGGACGAGCUCUAUCGUCACUUCCCCGAGUCAUUACACAAAGUGAUGGAAAGUUCAUACUUUAGCGAUCUCGUGAUGAAAUCCAUCCCAGAUGCUCGUGCUAAUGAGAUCAAGAAGCUUCGGGGUGUUGCUGGCGACAUUUUCGACCUCCCUUCAAAAUACUUCACCAACACUAGCUACGAUAGAGCUAAUGUCCCUGAGAUCCAACAACUCCUUGGGGUCACGUCUUCGACAAACCUGGCAUACAAGACAUUCCCUCCAGUGCUAUUCCCAGAGUUGAAAGAGGACAGAUCACUCAAGACUGUCUUCGGAAAUUGGCAACUGUUGGCACGAGUAAGUCUAGUGGUGCUCUCUGAUUUGGCCAUUAUUGGCAGUCACGCUCACGCACUACUGCAGGCAAUAUUCUUACUGUCUCCUGACACUGAAUUUUCGAGCACGGGUGUUGGCAAGAGGUCAACAAUUAGCUACAAGGAUUUAUUUUUCACCUACAAGAAAGUUCUUGUGGCCAAGUGGAAGACGAAGCGCAUUGUACAGAUUGUAACUAAUAUCAACCACUUCAUCUUCAAAGCUGCACGACCUUCGGCCUUGGAUUCUGCUGUACACGAAGAUUUCACAGAUGUGAUUGAUCGCGCACUCGCAGCGCUUGACAUGGAAAGUUCA